GCAGACCCGCCCGGCCGUCAGAGAGCUCCCGCGUCGGGGGCGGCGGGGAACCCCAGACACUGCCGGGCCGGGAGGGGGCCCCGCGCCAAGCGAGCCGCUGCCAUCGCCUCCGCGCCGCCCCCGCGGGCUGAGGGGUGCCCGACGCGUCUUCACUCCGCCCGCCGCCAGUCUCCGCGGUCCCGCCGUCCGCUCGCCGGCUCGUCUCCCGCGCGCCAUGCAGCCACCGCCUGCCCUGCGCGCGUAGGCGCCCGCCACAGGCAUGCUGCCCCUGCUCGCCGCGCUGCUGGCCGCCGCCUGCCCGCUGCCGCCCGCCCGCGGCGGGGCCGCGGACGCGCCGGGCCUCCUCGGGGCGCCCCUCAACGCCUCGGUCAACGCGUCGUCUGCGGACGAGCCUGCCGCCCCGCGGCUGCUGGUCUCGGCUGCGCCCGGGGCCCCCGAGCGCCCUGGCCCGGAGGAGGAGGCGGCGGCGCCGUGUAACAUCAGCGUGCAGCGACAGAUGCUGAGCUCGCUGCUCGUGCGCUGGGGCCACCCGCGGGGCUUCCAGUGCGACCUGCUCCUCUUCUCCACCAACGCGCAUGGCCGCGCCUUCUUCGCCGCCGCCUUCCACAGAGUCGGGCCGCCGCUACUUAUCGAGCACCUAGGGCUGGCGGCGGGAGGCGCGCAGCAGGACCUGCGCCUCUGCGUGGGCUGCGGCUGGGUGCGCGGCCGCCGCCCCGGCCGCCUCCGGCCCGCCGGCGCCACCGCCGGGACGCCUACCGCGCUGCCCGCCUACCCCGCGGCCGAGCCCCCCGGGCCGCUGUGGCUGCAGGGAGAGCCGCUGCAUUUCUGCUGCCUGGACUUCAGCCUGGAGGAGCUGCAGGGCGAGCCGGGCUGGCGGCUGAACCGCAAGCCCAUCGAGUCCACGCUGGUGGCCUGCUUCAUGACCCUGGUCAUCGUCGUGUGGAGCGUGGCCGCCCUCAUCUGGCCGGUGCCCAUCAUCGCCGGCUUCCUGCCCAACGGCAUGGAGCAGCGCCGGACCACCGCCAGCACCGCCGCCGCCGCCGCCGCCCCCGCCGCAGUACCCGCUGGGACCACUGCCGCCGCCGCAGCCGCAGCCGCAGCCGCCGCCGCAGCCGCGGCCGUCACCUCGGGGGCGGCGACCAAGUGACCCGCCCCACUCCUCCCCUUGUCCUCCCUAUGUCCGCGCUCUCGGUGCCUUUCCCGCCGGGAGACUCGGCCGGUGUGCUUCGUGCAGUAGUGACCGUUAGUUCUUCCGGGGAGGGGUCCGCGGAAGAGGCCCCAGCGUGUGGGAAAAGCCAGGUUUGUGCCGCGCUUCUGGCUCCGAAAAGCAGAUGCAAGCCCUUGCCUCGCAGGGUGAUAUCCGCAGCUUGGAAGACGGAGAGGAGGGAAAUGGGGCCCUUUCCCCUCUUUGCGUCCCCCUGCCCUCCUUCCUCCCCGCACCCACGUGCCCUAUAUUCAUGGCAGAAAAUGACCAAAUCCUGUGUAUUUGUUUUAUAUAUUUAAUAACUGUUUUAAAUGAAAGUUUUAGUAAAAAAAAAAAAUCAAAUUGCUAUUGCUGUAGUAAGGGAAGCUCUUUGUAUCUGAACAUAGUAUUUGAAGUUUGUUGUUUUUUAAUUUAUUUAAAAGGGGGAGGAGGCAUGGGAAUGAUUUAACACUGAUAUAUUGUUACCGCUGAAAAUGAACUUUAUUAACUUUUUUUUCCAAGUCGAUCUAUCCAGUGACGUGGCCAGAUGGGCGUUUCUUCUUGUACUUCUGUGUUUUUUUGGCUUUUAAUACAGACAUUUUCCUCCAGA